AUGGAGCAGAGCUCAAGCAAUACGAGACCUAAGUUUAGGAAGUGCACCUACAAACAAGGAUAUCUCGAAAUCGCCUGUGUAGACAAAGAUACAGCUAAGUGGCUGAAGGAUGCCACAGCUGCAAUGAAGCCCUGGGAAGGCGCUUCAUUGGAAGCUGUUGAAGCGUCGCAGAUUCCAAAACAAAUGCUUUACAUCGGGUAUCUGCCCGACAGUAUCGACAGGUCCGAUGGGAACAUCCUCCGCCUGGUGCAGAAUCAGAACGACAAUUUCUGCACAGAACGCUGGAAGGUCGUGAAGAGAACUGCGGUCCUCAAGAUGGUAGAGCUCCUGUUGGCGGUAGAUGAGGCUUCAGUGAAACUGAUAACCUGCCAACACAACCAGCUGAACUAUGUAUUCGGAAAGGCUAGAAUGCACCAGCUGAAAGGGGGGCCGGGCCUUCGCCGAACGUGGAAGUUCUAG